GCGUGUUCGCCUCGCCCAUGCGCAAACAACCUGGGUGCAGAACGCGACAAAGCCGCAAUUGAGCCUGGGCCUUGCGAAUGUCAUGAAAGUAUUUCUCGGAGAUAAGAACGAGAUCAUGCUCACAUUCCAGCAUGGCAAUGAUUCCUGUUGCGCAGAUGACCAACCCUGAGGGCGAGAGUCUCUUCGUGCCUGAGACUGAGGCGAGAGACGCGGCUGACGAAGAUGGGCUCUCGGCGACGUCUUCGGACGACGAGGACGAUGACAACGAAUUUGAGGUUGAGAUGGUGCUUUCCGAACGACCAGACCCAGGAAACCCCGGGGGCUUCCAAUAUCUGAUCAAAUGGGAGAACUAUCCCAUGGAUCAAAGCACGUGGGAGCCACUACAGAACCUGGGCGAAGGAGUACUACAAGGCUGGGAAGAGGCCAAGGCCGAGAUCAAGGCUGGGACCCGAGCAGAAUUCGACUUGAACAUAUUCGAAAAAGCUGUAAAAGCUGCCGAAUCUCAGGCGGCCCUAGAAGAGCGUCGUCCCAGCACUGACUCUACGUCUAGCGAGCCUGUCGUCGACAACCACAACAUCAGUACGGAGCAACCAUUCAGAAGUGAUCUGCCACGUUCGAGGUCUACUUCUGCAGAGAGACAGGACGCACCCAGCCAUGCAUCCCCGCACGUCCGCGAUGUGCCCAACACGAUUACUAAAGAAAAUGAGGGCAUCACAAAGUCGGGAAGCGAUAAGCGUGUGGUAGCUACCCAAGCACAGCCAGGCACCAAGUCUGGAUCUCGAUAUCAGGGAACAGGCAAAGUGGCAAAGGCACUAUCUGCGAAACCCAUCACAUCCAAGCCAAUUGCGAAUGCCGGCCGCUCAAAGCCCAUUGUGAAACCUGGCGCCUUGGCGCCUAGUUUAUCCUCCAGCUUGAGGGACAAAUUCUAUGGAAAGACGGCCAGACGCUCGGGGCCUGUCUCCCAUAUAAUCAUGCCAGGCGAGCAGGGCAUUCGGCCACGCAAACGGCGAAAAGCAGACAACAAUGUCGACCCUUCGAAGGAUCCGAAACCGUUCAACACCAUGCGGCGCAUGAACAACGCGAGGAAACAAGCAAUUCAGAGAAGCGAACAAGCUCCCCGCGAUGUCACGGCGAUUCCAGCCCACUUUUUGAUGUCGAAUGAUCGGUCAAUUACGACAGCUGUACGAUCAACGAAUACGGUGUCGGAGGCUGGCUCAGUAACGUCGGACAAGUCAACAGGGGAUGCAGUGACCGUCCCAAAGAAGGCGAAGAAAGCGGUCCGCUUUACGGGGGCGGGUGGUUCGUCUUCAUUGGAAGAGGUUGUGACUGUCGAAAGUCCCCAAGAGAUGAUGGAAAUUGAUGACGCUCAACCUUCUGCAGGCAAGAAGUUGACGCUCAGUAGCUACCAAGCCAGGCACCGGACGAAAACCUUCGUUAAAUCUUGCUCCUUUGGCCCUAGCGGUUCAUCUGCACUCGACGUCAGCUUUUCCGAUGUGCCUCAUUCGAGCGAGCCGUGGAUCACAACUUUCCUGGACGCAACAACCAUCUCGUUUGACCGAGAAUGCAGAUUUGACGAUUUUUCAACCCAACGCACAGCUCUUGUGUCCACGCAGUCCCAUCUCGGAUCCGCGCACGCCAGCUCGACUGAUGACAAUUUCUUGAUCGCUAACGUCGCCGCGAACUUGAAGCAAGAGGGCACCGCACUGCUUUUGUUUCGGUCGCAAUACUGCAUGCUUAUGUUCCCCUGCGAUGCCCUGAACUGGCUGAAUGCACUCGGACGCUCACCUCUGCCGGACACACCCAACUGCGCCUUAACAUUCCUGUUGUUCAAGCCCAGCUCCGAGCCUCAGCUCUUUCCAACUCCGUCGCAGAUUGUCCUUCAAAACCCGGUUGAACAGCCGGCGGAUUUGGUGCGCCUGUUUAGAGAUGUUCUCUGUCUUGAUCCUCGCGUCCUGCGACCACGAGAUCCUGCCGAGGAGCGUGAGCAGGUUUUCAUGCUGUGUUUUUCGGCCGAGAAUCAAAUGCUUUGCCAGUGGGUCGCUUUAUGGCUCAGAACUGUGCAACCGGGUUGUCGGAUCUACAUUUACGCUAAGGGGGGAGCAUGGAAGACAUUCAUAAAAGACCUGCAUACAUCCCCAGGUGCUCUGAUUUUUGAUGAAAUCCUGAGCCCUAGGAUCCGCCGGUUUCCCAAAAUCUGGCAUCUGGUCGAUGCAGCGAAGUGUUGCACCUUUUGGUGUCUCGCAAGUGGGGAGAGCAUCAACCCGCCCCGGUUUCCUUCAAACGACGACGUCCUCUUGGCUCCGUCACAGUAUCAAUUCACACAACUGUUUCCUCAUGGGCGGGUAUUUUUCCUGACUCCAAGCUUCGUUGCAACGGAUCCUAAGGGGCUAUGCGAGUUCCUCGAAUGGUUCAUUGAAUGGGGAGCUAAUCCCGGCUACCUGGUCGUCACUAGCCAUGACUUCCUUGCGUGGAUGCACAACCUCGUGAAGCAGCGACUUCGUCACUUUCGUCAGGAGGUUGGGCCAGCAUCAACCGGCCUGUCCAUUGACCGAAUGCUUGAGGAUGUCGAAGGAGAGAAACAAGACCUUGAGCUCAGGAAGAAGGCUAUCAACUUGUGGCACUCUAUCACGGAAAAGUAUGGGAAUGAGCAGAUGAGCGACAGUCUGCGGAAACUCGAAUCGGCUCCCCCACAGCUGCACGCCAGUGACGAACAGAGCCUGGUGAAUUGGUUCUGCUGGUGGUCUCUGCGGCGCCUCGAUCGACAUAGGAGGUUCACUGUCAUCGGCUCACAUGCUCAGACAGGCAUACCGUGCUCUGUAGAGUUCACGAUACCGAAUUACCCAGAGGAUAUGGCCGCUGAUCCCGACGCCGAGGAAAUCGAGGUCGAAAAAGUCAUUGCUCACCAGCGUGAUGCUCAGAUCACGGCAUGGAGGCGGCUCCAUCCUGGUGCCGUACCAAAUGUCGACACCCAGUAUGACCUUAGGGUAGUCGCCGGAGAGCCAGCUUUCUCUGGUGUGGUGUUGAGAAGCAGCCGCAUUGAAGACAUUUCGGCGUGGCUCCGCAACCUGAAAGAUGACCUGGCUACUAACUGGUCUAAGGUUUUGCCGAGUCCAGUUGCAUACGUGGAUAGGGACAUGGCGGAGCACUUCCACGAUCCUAUGUGUGCGUCUGCUACUUUUAAGCAGUGGCUUUACGAACCCUUGCCAUUUAGCAGAUACUUCAACACGUGGAUGGGGCUGUUCUACACCAUUGACGGUCGCUGGGAUGACAGUCGUCCCGCUACGUCCUACAAGCGCCGACCAUGGAUCGCCAUCUACCGCCCGAUGUACCCACACGAGCUCCGCAACCCUUACAAAGCCAUGGAACUCUUGAUCUGGGAUAUUUCGGCCGACGAAAAGCUUGCCGAGGCCCGCGAUCUGAGCUGUCUGGAUGACAUGCAGACCAGACUUGUUGAUUUCGUGAGAAACGAGGCAGGGCAUGAUGAUGUUGAAGAGUACUACCUGGCCCGCGCGUGGAUCGGAUCAAGACUGUGCGAGGACAUCGAUCCUGGCAGUCAUCCUCUUGAGGCGACGUGUAGCCAGCUGAAGGUCAUGGCACUGGAAGGGCGUUAUUGGCUGCCUCCAAAGGACCAUUUGUUGAUUGAACGUGGCUGGACCAAACUUAAGCUGUCCAAGCCAGCUAUUGUGUCGUCCGCGCCAGCAUUAUCUCAGGCAGAGCUGUUUGGUCUGGCCUUCCCCAAAACACCAGCCGACCAUGAGCGCCCGGAGCAAAUCAUCUUUCAUCCUCUGCGGUCGCAGUCUGCGGAGCACCGCACGAGCCGGAGGAAGCUCUCGAGGUGCUCGAAUGACAUGUACAGGGCGGCGAUGGAGGCCAGAUGCAAGGUUGCGGACUGUCCCACAGCUGUCUUGCAGUAUCGGCCCACGCUGAGCUGGUACGCAGAUUUGAAGGCGGAGAAACGUGAUGCAAGUCAUGUGUGUGUGCAAACUUGGGAGGCCAUAUCCACGAAACUGGGCAGACGGGGCCAGAGGUCAGCACCACCGGCCGCCGAUAGGCCGUCUAGUAGGGGAUAGGAAGAGCACUCUGCACAAACUCGGAAGGGCAGCAAGGCCAAGCUAGAGGGAGCAGAAGGCAGUGUGCACCGGCUUCAUUGUCUGGUGAUGAUGUAAGGCGUAAAGGUGCGACCACUUGGAAGCAGGAGCUGCGGCCAAGGAUAGUGCGGCCAAGGAUGGUGAAACCCAUGGUACGAAGCGUCAGAUUGUGCCAUGGACUUUUGUAGAGAGCCGAUUCUUGAAGAGUGCAGCUGAUAUAGCAUAGGCAUUGAAGUGCAAC